AUGUGUAGGGCAAAUAAAUACAGUAAGAGUUUACGUCAGGUGCGUGAGAAGACAUCAUCACUUGCAGCAAAACUUAUGGAAAGAUGCUUGAACUCGACAAUAACCUCCGCCAAUGCAAUAGAGAUUAUUAAAGCAUUGCAGUCUCUAACUUCUGAAAUUAUUUCUGUCCAGAAGGAACAUAGCUAUGUGUCUAAAUUGAUGAAGUCUUGUGAGAGGAGAAAGAAAGACCUGGAGAAUUUUCUUCCAUGUGAUAAUUAUACGGUUCACUGGUUCGAAAAAUAUGGGUUUGGACUCACUGCCUCCGUUCCUAUUAAGGAGGGUCAACAAUUAAUCAGGUUGACUAGGCGGGCCGUGCUCUCUGUAGAAGAUUCAUCAACAUGUCUGAGAGAGUUUAUAGCACAAGAUAACCUGGCAUCGAGUAUGGAGAAUGUUGCACUUUGUUUGUGCUUAUUGCGUGAACUGUACCAAGGAGACAAAUCAACAUGGAGAGAUUAUAUAAAAACAUUGCCUUUUGAGUAUUCUACAUUUCUGUAUAUGGACGUUGUGGAUAUUUGCCUCUUGAAGGGAUCGCCAGUUCUAGAAAAAAUUGUUUCAAACUAUUUGUUCAUUUGUCGCCAAUACGCUUACUUUUGCUGUCGCUUCAUUAAUAACCCAACAGUCUUUGAUAUCCCGGAUCUCGUCUUUUGUUUCGAUGAUUAUAGAUGGGCUGUGUCAACAGUAAUGAGUAGAAGCAAUUACAUACCACACCUUAACGGAAGAGAUAAAAUUAUGUGUCUUAUCCCGGUUUGGGAUAUGAUGAAUCAUAAAUCCGGUCGUGUUACAACACACUAUUAUCCUGAAGUAGAUGAAUUAAUAUUCUGUACAAUGGAGGCAUACAAACCUGGUGAUCAGAUAUUUAUGGACUACGGAAAUCGUUCAAAUGAGGAUUUUUUCAUGUUCUCUGGUUUUAUACCUCAUGUUAAUCUGAACAAUAAAUUGACAAUAACUCUAGGUAUCAGUUCUUCCGAUUCUCUGGCAUUAACACGUAAACAAUUAUUACAAACUUUUGGCUUAAAUGUUCCAUUGAAGUGUGAUUUGCGUGGUGAUAUUGAAUCCAUGACAGAAUUCCUCAUAUUUUCACGUAUUUUUUCUAUGGACAGAGAUGAACUUAAUAAAUAUCUAGUAGACUCUAAAUCGAAUCACACAAUAAUGAAACUGCAGUUGAGUAUUUUUGAGUAUAAUAAAGAAAUUGCCUGCGAACACAAAGCAUUAAGUUUUAUGAUUAAUCGCCUAAAAUUAUUAAUUGCUGCGUAUGGGACUUUACUGUUAGAGGAUACUCCUGAAUGGAAUCAGUUAACGUUAAUUCAACAGAAUUGUGAACGUCUUAAACAUCAUGAAGUUAAUAUUUUACGUUCUAGCAUUCAAAACAUUCAAAAUAUCUUGGAUAAUAGUUACAACGUCAUCAAUAAUAACUUACUAUCUGUCUCUAUUAACCGUGACAGUGGAAAUAUAAAAUUAGAACGUUUCUUAAAUUGUUAUUGUAACGUAAAUUGUCUUCUUUAUCCAACCCUCCUUUAA